UCUUUCUCUCUCUCUCUCUCCCUGUCUUUCUCUUUUUCUCUUCUCUCCGCUGCGUGCAAGUGCACACAGCUGUUUUCCAUCCAAAGUAAUUGAGACAUCUCUGUUUUUGUCGAAAUCAUGGAUCCUCUUUAUAAGAAUUCUGAAUAAAUGUGUUUACUCAGUUAAAACUACUUUGAAAUGAUCAAAAUUUUGAUCUUCAUUGAAAAAUAUAUUUUAAAUAUAUACAGUAUAAUUGAAUAUAUUUCUGAAUGAUAACUAUCAAUGAAGUAAAUACUAUUCUAUAAUGAAUUUGUUUGCAAUGGAUCCCUUCAAUUCACAAUUUAUUUCAUGCAAUUAUACGUCAGAGUAUUGUCUCGUGUUCAAUAACGUUAUUAUGUUACAAUUACUAUAACAAAGUUAUAAUAGUUUCAUAGUUUGCGUAAAAUUAGAUUUUCAAAUUUUCAAAAUUCGCGGUAACUAUUUUCGCAUUCAUAAUACGUAAUUGAUAUUGUUUAAAGUUCGACGUGUUGAUGCGUCAUCACUGAAAUAUGUAUUUUGGAUAUUGUUAGCAGGUAAGUGAUUCAUAGAGAAAGGAAAGGUCAAUCAGAGAAGGCCGUUUUGGUUGGUGUUCCUUCUCGAAAGAGUGGCAUAAGCUAAGGAGAAAGGGAAUUAGAGUUCUGUGCUAGUAGAUAGAGGAAUUAAUACAGUGUAUUGUAUAUUGUUUAGUAGUAUUAUGCAGAAAGUCGAUUAGACAGAUUUUAGAAGCAUUUCAAACAUAAUUCUCAAUAUCAAGAAAAAUAAGUAACAGUUGGACAGUAGAUACUAUUGUAUCUUGGAAUUCCAUUGCGUUUGAUUUAACAUUGAUGUAGAGAGGGAGAAAGAAAGAGAAAUAGGGACAAAGAGAGAGAGAGAGAGAGAGAGAGAGAGAGAGAGAGAGAGAGAAAAGAAAUGAGAAAAAGAAAAGUAAAUAAAACUUAAUAGUUAAGAAAAAGUAAAUACAAAUAUCAAUCUACAAGAGCAAAGUGCUUUCGAAUGUAGGUACGUAUGGACGAGGUUAACACGAUGACCAUUCUACCACCACUACCGGCAAAGACUCAGAGUCGGGAUGGCAACCAAGUCGCUCGGCAGACUGUGUCAAUCCGGGCAGCUUCCCCUCCAUCCUCUCCGGCUCUGAGCACAGGUGCCGGAGCAACGGUAUUCGUCGGUUCUCGUACCGUGGAUUCUACGGCAAGUACCAAGAGACGAGUCCCGGAAAUACAAACCUCCAACGGCUACGAUAGGCAGAGCAGCGUCCAGCAUCAGGAGCAACAGCAUCAAUAUCAACAUCAAAAUCAGUAUCAGCAACAACAACAAGCGUCACACGUAGUUAAAAUAAAGAUCAAUACGAAUGGGGAUAAAAACGGAAAGGUGAUAUCAGCGGUAAGAUUGACCUUGGACGGAAACGAGAAGAAUAACGGAGUAACGUGCGAACGUUCGUCCGUAGCGGAGCGCGACGGUGCUGUGUUGGUGAGUGCGACGAAUCUUGUGAACGAGAAUCUUCGCGAGAGUGGUGUUGUUGGUGAGGGUUGUGUGAGAAUCAGUGUAGGGGGUGACGCCUCGAAAGAUAAGAAAACUUGCGCGUACGAGCAAGACACCGCGAACAAUAACGACCAAAUCAAUAAGAAUAAAAAUAGCAACUACAGCAGCAGCAACAACAAUAAUAAUAAUAACAACAACAACCAUAACAGUCGUAAGAAAAACGACAAAGUUAUGGUACAACGGGCGACGUCGGAGACACCAAAUUCUUCUCCCUUAACUAAUCGAUCUAGCGGCUGCAUUUAUUACAAUUCUUUUCAAAAUCCGCUGAACACCAUGGUGAUGUCCAGUGGACAGUGUUCACCGAGCGACACCUUGGAUAGCGGAACUUGCAGCGACUUGGAUGGUACACCUCCUCCUUUACCCAAGAAGAAAAAUAUCAACAAGGGUAUCGGAGGUGGUACUAGAGUCAUACUAUCUGUAGGAAAGCAUGAUCAUACUGGUAGUUUGACCAGUAGCGGUGCGGAGCUCGAUAGCGACGAUAACGAGAGUAAUAUCAGUUGCGAUUCUUUAAACGGUGCCGAGCUUGACGGUAGUAUCGCUUCUCAAAACGUUAAUGGGACUAAAUCUCUGAACGAGAACGGUCAAGAGAUUAUCGACUAUCAACAGCGUAUAAGUACAAGGAGUAACGACCUUGGUAGAGUAAUCAAGGACCCUGAAGAACAAGUGGAAGAAGUCGAAGAACUCAAUGAUGAUCAUAGGGCUAACUCUGACGAUUUAUCAAGAGAGGAAUCAGCUUCACCUAGCGUUUCUCCGUCACCUUCUAGAACGUCCUCUUUGUCGAAGGCUUCUUCGACACCCAGAAUUAGGAGUCCAGAGCCUUUCGCUGAUCGAAACAGCAGUGGAACUACCUCUCCUGUCGUUCGAGAAUGCACCUAUGAGGAGAGAAAACAGGAGCAGGAAAGAAUAGAACAAGAGAACGCAGCUGCCGAGUUUUAUGCGAACUACAAUCGAUCGAGCGGCAACAAGUACGUCUAUGACGAUGACAGAUUCUACAAGUUUCACUUAAACGAGCUAAGACACGAUAACGAGGAUUCGAAUAAAGAACUUAAGGAACCUGGAACCCUCGGGGAAAAAGAAACGGAUGAGUGCUUCGCUGGUUACAAGAUUCUCGAAAGGGAAGCCAUACGCAGUGCCAAGGGAACCGUACGUGGUGUUAAGAACAGAGUACGCGCUGGUAUAGCUACAUUCCUUCAAAAACCAUCUUCCAAGGCUUACAAGGCAAAGGAAGAGGGUAAAGUUGUGGUUUACACCACCUCAUCCGGUAUCGUUAGACUAACGUUCUACAAUUGCAUGAAGGUAAAGCAGAUUUUGAACACGCACAUGGUGAAAUACGAAGAAAAAGAUCUCUUUCGUAGUGCUGAACUUCAAACAGAGUUGAGAGAUCGAAUAGGUUGCACAGCGAUUCAGGUGCCACAACUUUUCGUCGGUGGACAAUACAUUGGAGAUGCUGACACCGUCGAACGGCUCAACGAAUCCGGAGAAUUACGCCGGAUGCUUAAACCUUACCAGAGCGACGGUGCGUGUCCUUCGUGCCUGUUUUGCGGAAAUUAUCGACUGUUGGUCUGUCCCGUUUGCAACGGCAGUAAGAGAUCCGUUCUACGCAACGACUUCACCGUUGAAUUCGUUGCCUUGAAGUGUAUGAACUGUGACGAGACGGGUCUGGUUCCCUGCCAACAUUGUUGAGAAAGAAGGAGGAGGAAGUAAAAGGGAUUUUUCCCUUUGGCACGUCGUCGACGUUCGACGCUUUAUCAAGCAACGUACUAACAAGCAACUCUCUGAUUAUCUUCCCUUUCUCUUUAUUUAAGACUCGUGGUGCUACAACCAAGUAUAAUACGUUUCGACGAAUAAUUCAAAGAUAGUGAUUGGAGGAAAAAGAAUAAAGGAAUGAGAAAGAAAGAGAGAGAGAGAGAGAGAGGAAAAGGGAGGGAGAGAUAGAGAGAGAGAAAGAGAUAACGCCGACUAACCGUGUUUCGUGCAGACGCUCGCGAUUUGUAACAUAUCGGUCAAUAAAUAUUGUCUAAAUUUUUGUAAUCUGCCACACCCGAUAUCGAUUCCUUUCUCUUAAUCGUAUAUAGAACAGCUGGAUAUCUCGAUGUCACGUGAAAGGGGGUAUGUAUCAAUUUGGCUUGUCCAAUUAUAAAUAUUUUAUUUAUAUUCUCGAAUAAAUAAAAAGUCAUUAAUUUUAUUUUAA